AUGUCGUCCUUUCUAGACACUCCUCUCCGCACGGGCACGAAGUGUUUUCGAACAGCUCGCUACUUCACCCGUGAUCAGCGCAAGGCAAAUGUCGCCCUCACACGAUCCUUCUCGUCGACUCUGCGCCGACAUGAGAUCAACAAAGUUGUCGCCUCGGCCGAAGAAGCCAUCAAGGACAUGGAAUCCAACAGCACGCUACUCUGCGGUGGCUUCGGCCUGUGCGGCGUACCCGACACGCUCAUUAAUGCGGUCGCGAAAAAGCCCUCCAUUACCGGCUUGACGGCCGUGUCCAACAACGCAGGCAUCCCCGGGGCCGGUCUCGGCCAGCUCCUGCAGUCCAAGCAGAUCCGCAAGAUGAUCGCCAGCUACGUGGGCGAGAACAAGGUGCUCGAACAGCAGUACCUGACGGGCGAGAUCGAACUCGAGCUCACGCCGCAGGGCACGCUCGCCGAACGAUGCUCGGCCGGGGGCAAAGGAGUGCCGGCGUUCUACACGCCGGCGGCGUUCGGCACGGUGGUGCAGACGGGCGAAAUCCCGCUGCGGCACAACGCUGACGGCAGCAUCGCGGCGUUCGGCAAGCCUCGCGACGUCAAGGUGUUCAACGGCAAGAGCUACGUAAUGGAAGAGGCCAUCCAGGGAGACUACGCGUUCGUCAAGGCGUACAAGGCCGACAAGCUGGGCAACGCGCAGUUCCGGCUCGCGGCCAACAACUUCAACGGGGCCAUGGGCCGCAACGCGCGAGUCACCAUCGUCGAGGCCGAGCACAUUGUCGAGGUGGGCGAGAUCGACCCGGUGUCGGUACACCUGCCGGGUAUCUACGUGACCAAGGUCAUCCAGAGCACGGCCGAGAAGAAGAUUGAAAAGUUGACGCUGCGCAAGGACGACGAGGGUGCCGCCGACGUCAAGGACAGCCUGGGCAAGGGUGACGCCGCGAGCAAGCGCGAGCGCAUCGUCAAGCGGGCCGCGCUCGAGUUCAAGAACGGCAUGUACGCCAACCUGGGCAUAGGCAUGCCCAUGCUCGCGCCCAGCUUCGUCGACCCGUCGGUCGAGGUGCAGCUGCAGUCGGAGAACGGCAUCUUGGGCCUGGGCCCGUACCCGCGCAAGGGCGAGGAGGACGCCGACCUCAUCAACGCCGGCAAGGAGACCGUCACCCUCAACCCGGGCGCCAGCUGCUUCGGCUCCGAGGAGAGCUUCGGCAUGAUCCGCGCCGGCCGCAUCGACAUGAGCAUGCUGGGCGCCAUGCAGGUCUCUGCCCGCGGCGACCUGGCCAACUGGAUGUUGCCAGGCAAGGUCAAGGGCUUCGGCGGCGCCAUGGACCUGGUCUCCAACCCGGAAAAGACAAAGGUCGUCGCGCUGAUGGAGCACACCGACAAGAAGGGCAACCCCAAGAUUUUGAAGCAGUGCGAGUUCCCACUGACGGGACGGGCGUGCGUCAGUAGAAUCAUUACUGAAUUGGCCGUUUUCGACGUCGACUUUACACACGGUUUGACCCUGAUCGAGGUCGCCGAGGGCGUCACCGUCGACGAAAUCAAGAGCAAGACCGACGCCCCGUUCAAGGUUUCUGAAGACUUGAAGACCAUGGGUGGAGCAUGA